AUCAGUCAGCCUUCCCAAAGUAGGGCUGUUGCGGCUGUUACCGAUGCAAUCUCUCGAAAGGCUUCCGAUUUCAUCAAUUUUACUUUGGAACCAACUGCAACAAUCAAAUCUAACUUUGCAGCCAUUGCUGGAAUGCCCAAUACAAUUGGAUGUAUUGACUGUACGCACGUUUACAUUCGUGCACCUCGGGAGAACGAAAACAUAUACGUCAACCGCAAGAAUCGUCAUUCAAUUAAUGUCCAAGGAAUCGUGGAUUCUAAAAUGAGAUUUGUUAACGUUGUGGCAAAAUGGCCAGGGUCUUCUCAUGAUUCCUACAUAUGGGAAACAAGCAAUGUUCUGAAUGAUUUUAGGAUGGGAAGGAUGCCACCAGGAUGGUUAUUAGGUGACAGCGGAUAUCCAACUCAACCCUGGCUCAUGACUCCACUAACAAACCCCCAAUCACCUGCAGAGCAAAGAUUCAACUCAAGUCUGACAAGGACACGUGUAUGUGUAGAAAGGGCCUUUGGAAUACUCAAAUCUAGAUUCAGAUGUCUUGAUAUGACAGGCGGGUCACUUUGCUAUGAACCAUCAAGGGUCUGUAAGAUCAUCCUCUCAUGCUGUGUGUUACAUAACAUCUGUAUCGACAGAGGCAUACCACCACCAAAUGACGUACCACAUGUAGUUCAACAACCAGAUGAAGACCAUCAUGAUCGUGUUGAUGAUAUGCAGACAGGUCAAGAAGUCAGGAGGAAUCUAAUUAACACAUGGUUUAAUUAACAAGUUCAUGGACCCUUUAAUUCAAGAUAAUAUGUACAAUAUAAACAUAAUAAAUGUAAUUACAAUGUAGAAUUCA